UAUAGCUCAUCACGAGUUACGUGUAAAGUUCCCUUUUUACCAACUGAAGUUUUCUCUGGACUUUUGUCACUGGCUUUAUUACUUCCUGUAAUGCAGAUGUACUAUAGUUAAGCACAGCUUUCAACUGUUUAAGAAAAUAUAUUCUAGAUUACCGAGGAACCUUUUUUCUUUCCUAGUUCGUCACAUGAAGUUUUCUGCCACAAUUUGGGAAUUUGAAACACUGGGCUCGUUUUAGUCUAGGAUUGGGCAUCACCAUCUGGACAAAAUGUUAAGCCUGUUGAAGAAUCUUUUGUGUGUGUUACUAAUAAACUACGACUUUGGAUUUUCCAGAACAAUUUCGACCAACAGAACUAUUCCAUGUGCGAUUAUUGAAAAUACCAAAUCUGUUAUUUUUGACUGCAGUGCUCGAAGUCUGAAAACCGUACCUUCUCCCACCAACUACACAUCAAAUGCUGUGGAACUUCUGUUAAGUCAAAACCUUAUUGAUACUAUUUAUAAUCCCUCUUUUCAGCACUGGCAUAAUCUUACAAAAAUAGACCUUAACUGGAACCACUAUUCAAAGGUGCGACUUAAUAAUCCCAAUAUAUGCAAAAGAGGUCUGGAGAUCAAUAAUGAAACCUUUACCAAAUUAACCAAGCUAGAACAUCUUCUCAUUGAUCACAACUAUCUCUGUGAAAUUCCCAUGGGACUACCUGAAAAUAUUAAAACACUAAGUUUCCAGUAUAACAACAUUUUUGUGAUUAACAAAACAAGUCUCUCAAAAUUCCGAUAUUUGGAGGAACUUUACCUAGGCCAUAACUGUUACUAUGGCAAUGCAUGCCCAGGUGUUCUUGAUAUUGAAAAUGGAACAUUUUCUGAUCUCAAGGAAUUAACAGUACUUAACCUCUCAUUUAACAAUUUAACCAGUGUGCCUCUGCAUCUGCCAUCAUCAUUGAAACAACUUUACUUAAGCAAUAACAGAAUACAAGUUAUUCACAGAGAUGAUUUCAAAAACUUACUCAAUUUAGAAGUUCUUCUUCUAAGUGGAAAUUGUCCAAGAUGUUAUAAUGCUGCAUAUCCAUGUGAACCCUGCUCUGGAAAAGGCUUUCUUGAAAUAAAUGACUUUGCUUUCCAAUAUUUAAAAAACUUGACCGCGCUCCAUCUUGGAAGUACUUCACUUACUACUGUAUCAAAAACAUGGUUUCAAAACAUGACUAAGUUGAAAGAACUAAAUCUUAGAUUAAAUUACUUAAUGACUGAAAUGGCAAUAGGAGACUUUUUUUCUUACUUGCCAACCUUAGAAAAACUUGACUUGUCAUAUAACUACAAUCUGCAGGCAUAUCCAAAUAAUAUUAAUAUUUCUGACAAUUUUUCAAAAUUAAUUUCCCUCAGAGAGUUGCAUAUACAAGGAUAUGUUUUCAAAGACAUCACAUCCAAAAACUUAGCUCCUCUUACAAAGCUAAACAAAUUAAACAUUAUAAACCUAUCUGUUAAUUUUGUUUGUCAGGUUGAUUUUAAAGUGUUUAAAACAUUUCCAAGCCUAGCAAUAAUUUACUUGUCUGAAAAUAGAAUAACACCUUUUUCAGAGAGCACCUUAAAAAGCCAAGGCCUACAAGCAUUUUACAACAAUCAGCCAACUGACAUAAAAUACAAUGGUGUAGAGCAUUUUAGUAGAGUAUCCCCAGAAAUAAUUACUCCAAUUAACUCUCUGGUAAAACCUCAAUGUACUGCAUAUGGCAAAACAUUGGAUCUAAGUCUGAACAGUAUCUUUGUUAUUGACCCCGAAGCAUUCAAUCCAUUUUCUGAUGUAGCAUGUCUAAAUUUGUCUUCGAAUGGCAUGGGUCAAAAUUUAAACGGGACAGAAUUUAGAUACUUGCAAAACCUAGCAUACUUGGAUUUAUCGUUCAAUAAACUGGAUUUUGCUUCCAUCAAUGCUUUUCAGGAAUUGAAAAAAUUGGAGGUAUUAGAUGUGAGUUAUAACAAGCACUAUUUCAUUGUACAAGGUGUAACUCAUCACCUUAAAUUCAUUGAAAAUCUGGCAAAACUUGCAGUUCUUAACUUAAGCUGGAAUGAAAUCUCAACUCUAACCGAGUCCCCGGUUUAUAGCUCCUCCCUGAAAGAAUUACGGUUUGCUGGAAACCGUCUGGAUGUAUUAUGGAAAAAAGGUGACAAACGCUACUACAGUCUUUUCCAUAAUUUUACAAAUCUGUCAGUUCUCGAUAUCUCCUACAACAGACUUUACUCCAUUCCCGAGGAAGCAGUGUGCCAACUGCCUGCAAGUCUUACUGAGCUCUACUUACAUCAUAAUGAAUUAGUUUUUUUCGGUUGGAAAAACCUGACAUGCUUUGAAAACCUCAAGGUUCUUGACCUAAGUCACAAUAAGAUUACAAUGAUAAUGGCACACUUGUACAAUUAUACAAAUUCACUGGAGACUCUAAUCAUAAAUCAUAAUUACAUUCAAACUUUGACAGAUGCGUUUCUUAUUAAGCUCCGUAGCCUCACUACCCUUGAUUUAAGUUACAAUCACAUUCAACAUAUAAAUAGAUCAAUUUUUUUGUCUGGUAAUGAUAACUAUUUAAAAGUUUUAAGACUGAAAGGAAAUCCAUUUGAGUGUACCUGUGAAAUUAUUGACUUCAUAAACUGGAUUAAUAGCAACAAUGUUAAUAUUCCACGGCUGGCCACCGAUGUCACCUGUGCCACUCCAGAUAAUUGGAAGAAGCAAGGAAUUAUCUUAUUUGAUAUACAUGCCUGUAAUAUGGAUCUCACAGAAUUGCUACUGUUUCUUGUGUCAUUUGUUUUAAUUGUGCCAUUGACUGCAUUGCCUAUUAUGAGUAAUUUGUUUUACUGGGAUAUAUGGUAUAUAUAUCAUUGGUGUAUGGCAAGAUUAAAGUAUAACAAAGUCUCUAGCGCAGACACUAUAUAUGAUGCAUUCAUCACGUAUGAUGAGAAGGACCCAGCUGUCAAUGACUGGGUCUUUAAUGAACUAUGUGACCAGCUGGAGAGCAGAGGAGCCAAACACAUACUUCUCUGCUUAGAGGAAAGAGAUUGGGAGCCAGGAAAAGCUAUUAUUGAUAACAUUGCAGAGAGCAUAAAUUUAAGCAAAAAAACACUGUUUGUUCUCACAAAAAACUAUGUGAAAAGUGGAAAAUUCAGAACAGCAUUUUAUUUGGCUAUGCAAAAACUACUGGAUGAAAAUCAGGAUGUUAUAGUCAUAGUUUUGCUACAGCCUGUUCUACAGCAUUCCCAGUAUCUCAGGCUGAGGAAAAAAAUUUGCAAAAGUUCUAUUCUGGAAUGGCCCAAAAAUCCACAUGCAAAAAGCUUAUUCUGGCAAAAAGUAAAAAAUGUGCUACUGACAGAAAACAUCAGUCGAUACAAUAAUCUCUACACUGAUUCCAUAGGUGUUGUUCGCUGAUUGGCUGUUUAUUAAUGGUAAAAACAAAGAGGUCUAUUUAUAAAAAAAAUACAGCAUUCCCACAGCUGCAGUGAAUAGCCCAAAACAUACGGAUCAGCGCUGCCAACUAUAGCCAGCAGUGCCGAUCAUGUGCAAAUUUUCAAACAGGGUGGUUAAGAAAAAGUUGAUCAGUAGACUUUUCUUCAACCACAGAGGCCAUACACGGAUCAAAAUUUGGCUGGUCCCUGCUGAAGCAGCUAAAUUUCAACCAAUGUAUGGCCAGCUUAAAAGAGGAGCUGCCAUGUAACUUUAUCUGAUGCUGUAGGUUUAGAGAAAGUAUGUUUACUUAGAUAGAUGGAUAAAUGUAUGUACUGAUUUGUAUUGCUUUUUGUUUUGUUUUAGUUUAAAGAAAAUGUUUAGACCUCUUGCUGUAUUUCAUAAGAAAAAGCAUGGCUAUGGUAUUGUGCAUUACUUCUUUUUGGUGUAGUUGUUACAUUAUCAAUUAAAGCCCUGUAUUUAUGGUACCUACCCUUUUCUCUAAAGAAUUUUAGUAGCCCACAAAAGAAAAUAAUACUAUCCUGCUACUAAUGGGGAAGGAAUAACAACUAUAUCCUUUGAAUGUGCAUAUAAAAGGCUUUAAUUUUAUCAAAAUUACUGUAUGUCACAAUGUAUAAUCGUGUAUAAUAAUCAUGUAUAAUAAUAAUGUAUAAACAAGAGGACAAGAUAUUGUCACCAAUGUUGCGCCAUACCUGAGCUAGCUUUCCACUGUAAGCAUUGCUGGGUGCUCCAUAUUGAUUUGUGUCAAAUAUUCUCAGUACAACAUUCCAAAAGGAAAUAUUGGUGAAAAUGUCCCAAUGCCAAACAAACUUUCCACUUAAAAUACUUUGAUUUGAAUACCUUUCUUGAUAUCUGUGUAGGGCAAAAAGAAUAAGAAGUGUGUGAGAAUUUAGGGAUUAUUUUUUUGAUUAUUUUAACCAAUUAAGACCCGGACCAAAAUGCAGGUAAAGGACCA